GUCGCUUCACUUCUUCCUUCCCCCUUCCCGCUGGCCCCAGCGGAGCGUCCCGCGGCCGGAGCGCUGCGGGCUCCUCUGCCCGCCCUCCUCCCGCCCGUGCCCGCGCAGCUCCCGGCCCCCUCACGCCGCCCGGCAGCGCGGGAUGGCGGCGGGCGAGGAGCAGAGCCGCGAGUACCUGCGGCGGCACCGGCUGCCCGAGCUGCUGCAGCGCCUCGGAGCGCUGCUGCUCUUCCACCGCCCCGAGCGGCCACGCGAGUUCCUGAUCCAGGUGCUGGAGCGGGUAAAGGCCGGGAGGCGAGCCGAGGGCGAGUACCCGUUCCUGAUGGACGAGGCCAACGUGGACGCCAUGUUCAGCCUGCUGGAUGUCCUCGGCCAGGGCUCCAUCAGGCCGGCGCAGUACAGGGAAGCCCUUAAAACUUUGGGACUGAGCACUGAGGAUUUGGAGCUAGAAGAUGAUGUGGAGAUCACACUGGAUGAAUUCAAGGAAGGAGUGAAGAAAAAGAUGCUGGAGAGCUGGUCUGUGUAUUAGUUUGAGCAGUGGUCUGCUAUAUAUAUUAAAAACAGGCAUCUUCCCUGAUUUUUCUUCUGGUUUGUCAGCUGUGAAGAGUCGAUUUUAAGCAAUACUCUCUUUUCUCUUUUUCUCAUGUUCCCUGCCCUUCAGUGGAGCAAUCAUCUGAAAAGGACAAGUGAUGAGAACGUGUGCAUGUCCAGCAGGCACUGGAGGGAGUAUAGUUAACAAUUGCUGUUCUUAAUACAAUUAGAUGGUUUAAAAAAAAAGUAGAGAGCUCUUUUGCUACUGAGAUAGUAUUUUGGCAUUUCCUCCUUCAGGUUAUAGUUUACAGUAAAGGAUUUGUUACCUGUUGGCUCAUUAGCACUGAAUAAAAUAAAAGUUGGUUUUUGGGCUUA